AUGGUCUGCAACCUAUGCACCGUCGUGAUGAACAAAGUUAUCUUUAACACUCUGCUCAUCUUCGUAAUCGUCUUCCUUGGCAUGCCGUUUUUUGCCUACCGUGCUGCUGCACAAGGUGAAUCCGAAGACGGCGAGAAAGACAAGAACACUACCACCUCAGUUGAAGAUUCAUCGGUGACCACAGCAGCUCAGUCAGACACAACCAGUGGUGCUUCGGCUUUAGUGAUGGUCCAGGCUUGCCUCAUGUCCCUCCCUCUUGUUCUGCUCGCCCACUGCUAA